AUCUCUCUCUCUGUCUAUUGUCAUCGGUCGGCAUUAUUUGUUAUAACCUAACGACUGCAGUGGCCGACACCAAGAACAUCAGAUAUCAGGAACAGGGGGACGACCAAAAUGAAAUUUUGAAGGCACCCUUUUCAGGUUUUGAUCGAGUUAUGUGUUUUUUAUCAAGUUUAGGAGGUGGGUUUGUGAGAUUGAUCGUAAAGUUUCGAUCUUUUUAAUGGUUUAUGUUGUGAGUGGCAAUGAGUGAUUGGUUUUGAUGAGGAUACUUUGUGAUUCCUGUGAAAAUGCUGCAGCGACCUUGUUUUGUGCAGCUGAUGAGGCUGCUCUUUGUGCAGCAUGUGAUGUCAAGGUGCACAUGUGCAAUAAGCUUGCGAGCCGCCAUGUAAGGGUUGGGCUCGCAAGUCCGAGUGAAGUUUCCCGCUGUGAUAUAUGUGAAAAUGCACCAGCUUUCUUUUACUGUGAGAUAGAUGGAAGCUCCUUGUGCUUACAAUGCGACGUGGUUGUUCAUGUGGGAGGCAAGAGAAUGCACAAGAGAUAUCUUCGGCUGGGGCAGAGAGUUGAGUUUCCUGGGGAUAAACAAAAUGAUCCAAAGGACAUGAAUGUACAAGCGAUGGAACAGGCUGAGACAGUGAGAGGUCAGAAUCAAGAUGGGGUUGAUUCAAAUGGAGAUGGGCAUUCCAAGCGGGGGAACCAAGUGAUUGAUUUGAACAUGUAGAUCUAAUUAGGAACUUGUUGUAACUCAGCCAAAUCCAAAGCCGAGAUCUGAUGGCCUGAACAAGAUAAUUAGAACAGUAUAAUAUUUAUAUACAAAUCAAUAAUUAUGUACACCAUUCAUGCUGUCCAUGAAAAUUUCUA